GGAGCUUGGAAGCAGAAAGGGAGGAGGCAGAUGAGAGGGGGAGAUCAAGUGAUAGACAAAGAAAGCUAUGAAGAGAUUUAGCCGAGACAGUAAACAGAUGGAUAGAAGAGACGGAAAGCAGCACGAGGAGAAAUCAAUCUUCCCAACAUAUCCGAACAGAUAUUCCCGAGUUGGGCUGUUCUGGUCUGCGUGAUGCCACCGUGGUGAUUUCCCCACUGCUACCUUCACCACGGAGCAAAGGAGCAACCUGUUCUACAGCAGGAGCCUGUUGCCUGGAUACCUCUGCUGUCGCCACGACGGCAAAAAGCCAGGACUGAAGCGCGUGCAUGUCUGUGUGGCUGGUGACAGUGCCAUGGGAAAAACACAGCUGGCUGACAGUUUGGAUGGCUCCCUCACACGUCCGCUCCCUGGCUGUUCACUGACGUUGCAUGUAUGAAUGAAGAAGGAGUCUUCUUGUUACGGAGGCUUCGAGGAGAGAGCCAGAAAGAGAGGCUGGGUGUGUGGGGGUGGGUUGGCUGGCACCCUGAUUUGGAUGAUGAAGAGAGCUGAUUUGUAAGAGGGAGAAAAAAGCAUUCGAAAACCACUUUAAGAACUGAACGAAAGAGUGGAGGUAACCAGGACUCAAGACAGCCAGGGUAUAGGACAGAGGAGUGGGCUGCUGGGGCAGCAAACAAAAGCGGUGCUGGCUGGGUCACUUCAGCAGGUACAAGAUUGUGCGAAGCCAUGCAGAUCCAGUCAUCAGCGCCACACUCUAAAGCCUCCAGCUUCAUCCUCAAUCAGAGAUGUGUACUGGCCUCCAAAAUGGAAAUCCAUCGUGAACAGAGCAUCUGCCAGGCACGAGCCGCUGUCAUGGUGUACGAUGAUGCCAACAAGAAGUGGGUCCCUGCUGGAGGCUCCACUGGAUUCAGCAGAGUCCACAUCUAUCACCACACGGGCAACAACGCCUUUCGCGUGGUAGGACGCAAGAUCCAGGAUCAUCAGGUGGUGAUAAACUGUGCCAUUCCCAAGGGGCUGAAAUACAACCAGGCCACGCAGACCUUCCAUCAGUGGCGUGAUGCUCGACAGGUCUACGGUCUGAACUUUGGCAGUAAGGAAGACGCCAAUGUGUUUGCCAGUGCCAUGAUGCAUGCCCUGGAGGUGCUCAACUCCCAGGAUACAGGCCCCACGCUGCCCAGACAGGGUCCACAGGUUCAGAAUGGCCCAUCACAAGAAGAGAUGGACCUGCAGAGAAGGCAGCUCCAAGAGCUGCAGAGACAGAAGGAGAUUGAACGGGAGCGACAGGAACGUGAGCGUCAGGAAAAGGAGCGCCAGGAACGCGAGCACCUGGAGCGGGAGACACUGGAGCGUCAGGAACGUGAGCGCCUGGAGCGGGAGGCGCAGGCGGAGAGGGAGCAAAUGGAGAGAGAGCAGCAGGAGCGCACGGAGCGUGAGAUGAUGGAGAGAGAAAAGGCAGAGAGAGAGCGGCAGGAGAAGGAGCAGCAGGAGCAAUUGGACAGAGACCAGCAGGACUGGGAGAGAGGGAGACGCAUCUCCAACGCCGCCUUUGAAAGCACACUCUACACUCCCACACCUCAAGAGUACGGCAGGACCUCCUCCACACCUGUAUCUCCAUCCACACCCACAUUCACAGCUCCCAACACAUCCUCACCCUCUUCCACUGCACCCCCAACCCCACCACUCAGACAGUCGGCCUCCCGAUUUGCCACCUCGCUCGGUUCUGCCUUCCACCCGGUCUUGCCUCACUACGCCACAGUUCCGAGGCGACAGCCCGCCUUUCCACAAGCCCCAGCUCCAGCCCCUGCCCCUACCCCUCCCACUCCAGCCAAGUCUGUGGUGUGGUCAGCGUGUAACUUUACUCCAUUACCGCCCUCACCCCCUGUCAUGAUCAGCAGUCCACCAGGGAAGGCCACAGGCCCACGCCCUCUCAUCCCUGUAGCAGCACAGUCCCCCCUCAGCCAGAAGCCCCCAUCACCAUCACCCAACGGCCCACCCAUGUUCCCCGCACCUUCACCUGUCACCAUCCCACACAUCCACACCCCACUCGGAAUCACAUGCCCCACUCCGCCUCCGCCACCCACCCCUCCUCCUCUUCACUUACCCAUUGGCCUCCUUGCAUCUUCUUCGUCCGUCUCGUCUCCCCCCUCCUCAUUCCAGGCUCCUGGUGUGCCCUCUUCCUCCACAGCGCCCCCUGCUGCUGCAGCUGCUGCCAUCUCUGUCUCUGCUGAGCACCUCUCCCUCCCUGUGGGUCUGGGCCUGUCGGGGUCACUGGAAUCGGACAUGGCCGCAGGCCCAGGGCCCCUCCCAGCUCAGGGGGGCUCCUCCUGUCAGCCCCAGCCCCAGGCAGACAUGGCCCAGACCCCAGUGUUGACCACCCCCACCCCUCCCCCACCUCCGCCUCUGCCACCCGGCUCCACUGUGAACUCUGCAGCCGCCACCCCCAGCACCCCAGGUGGCCACCCUCCUCCCCCACCACCUCCUCCUCUCCCUCCCACACUGACUCCAGUCGGGACACCACCUCCUCCACCAGGUCCACCCCCUCCUCCUGGAGCCCCACCACCUCCCCCAGCACCACCCCUUCCUGCCGGACUCUUCUCUCCUACAGAGGAUCGCCCUGUGUCAGGCCUGGCUGUCGCCCUCGCUGGAGCCAAGCUGCGUAAAGUGCCAAGGAAUGAUGAUGCAGGGGCAGCUCUGGCAGCAGUCCUGUCAGGGGCUACAGGGGCCAAAACUGAGGCCAGAGGCAAUGGGCCUUUGCCAGGAGGAGGAGGACUUAUGGAGGAGAUGAGCGCCUUACUGGCAAGGAGGAGACGUAUCGCAGAGAAGGGCUCCUCACCUGAACCUGACCAGAGAUCAGAGGAGGGUGAGAUCAACACAACCCCGAAAGUGUCAGCCUGUAGCACACCAGACAUGCCCAGGAAACCAUGGGAAAGAACAAACACCAUGAAUGGUAGCAAAUCUCCAGUGAUUGGAAGACGAGAGUCUCCGUGGAGAAAUCCCAUGGGAGCAGAUUCCUCCUACAGACCCAAAUCCACCCCGACACCUACUGCAUCCUUAAGUGCCAAUGGUGUGCCAACAGAAUCUGUUGAUUAUGACAGAUUGAAACAGGUAAGAGACCAUUUUAAAAAUCCCUAAAAAGUUUUGAAAUUUCAUCCAAAUCUGGGAUUUUUCUUUCUUAUUUCAAUGUGUGAUGUAAAACAAACAUCGUCAUAUUAUUUUGCCUUUUGUG